AUGGCGCAACCUUCAGACAUCCUGUCCUCUGGACCACUCCUCCUAUCUGAUCCUGCUUUGGACUCUGUCCCUUGCAGUCUCUCCUCCAUGUGCUUCCAUCUAGGAAGCUUACCUUCAGAAGUCUUAUCUUCGGACCCUAUGCAGCAGGUGAAACUCCUCCAGAGUUUCCUGUACUUCUCUAGAAGUUUCUAUACUCCUCCGGAAGGUUCCUGUGCUCAUCCAGAAGUCCUCCAGCACUCCAUCAGAGUAGCCAGUCUCCGGAAGUCCUUCGGACUUCAUUGGAUUUCAUCUGGACUUCAUUCUGAAAUUAAGGUGUCGAGUUCCAAGUUCCAAGUUCCAAGUUCCGAGUUCCGAGUUCCGAGUUCCGAGUUCCGAGUGCCAAGUGCCCCGAUGCUUUCGGGCAUUAACACCCAGAUAGCCCUCGCUCUCAGGGGCCCGUCAGAAUUUAGAUCAUCUCAAACGGAUGUGAUUUGA